GAUUUCCUAAUCGUGUGUUCGUACGGUUCCAUUCAGUUCGCCGUUUUCAGCAUUCUGUCUGGUUUGGUUAGCUUGAUUGCUGGUGUUCAAGAUUAAGUCUUAUUUUCAUGUUUAACUCUGAGAGGAUUUUGAUAUAAUUUGGUUUAAGACAUUUAGCUUGGUGUUCUGGAUGGUUACAGUUGGUAGCACAAAAUAAGUUUGAUCUCUCACUUGAUGUAUCCGAGAAUCUUGAUAUUUGACAAUGAUAUUUGAUAGUUUGAGAUUUAGUUGCCUUAUUUUCUUAUGAUGUUGUUGAAAGAUUAUAGAUAAUUUGCUACAUUGAUCAGAUUAGUGAGGAUAAAUGUUGAAAAGAUAGCAACUGAGGCAUCUGCAUUUAACUUAUUUUGGAGUUACUCAUACUCUCACAAGUUUGUAAAAUCUUAGCAAGGAAAUAACACCUAAUAAUCAGUGAUUUUUCAUCUACUAUACAAUAAGUGUUAUUCCAAUUCUCUUUCUAAUGCUUUCAUUCUCAUUCCUAUUUUGUCUUGUGGAUUAGACCCAUCAUAAAGUUUGCAUCUCUGUAACAUGGAUCUUGAGGGUUGUUUUUUUUCAUAUAUUGCACAUGAAUCCUAUGAUUUACAUCUUCUAUAUUUCAUUUCAUUAGUUCUUAUAAUGCAUCUAAAAUACAUUACCAUGGGAUUUUAGAUAUUAAACUACUAUAAAUACACGAGAAGAAAAAAUUAUGAUUAGAUUCAAUUUUUUUUAACAUUUCCCUUCAUUGUUCCAUAAGGUUUCCUCUAUGGAAUCCUCAACAGAUACGAAAUAUCUUCAAGAGUCUCCUGAAUUAGUAUCAGUUGUAACAAAGCUUAUUAGCCUCUCACAUUCUUAAAGGAAUGUACUUUUUCCUAUAUGUCAUUGGAGCUUAGAAAUUUGUUGUAAUGAACUAGAGUAAAUUAAACCUUUUUUGGUAACAAGAAUAGUUAACAAUUAUUCAAUACAGAUCUUAGUGAGGUAUUACAAAGCUAUUUUAUGAUCAAUUGGUAUGUUUUUAUACAGGGCUGUCAAUAAUGUCUAGGGAUUUUGAUUGCUUCAAAGACUUAAAAAGGAAGUAGAUGUUUGGAAAAUUGGGUUUAGAGUUCUUGACUCAUGGAUUGUCACUGCCAGUAAUGGUAACCAACAUAUGGAGUUCAUCAUUGGAGAUGCCAAGUUUCAAAUGCAAAAAUUUAUUGAGAAGAUUGUUGAUAUGAUGAAAGCAGAAAGGCUAUUUGAGUCUCAGGGUGGUCCAAUAAUUAUGUCUCAGAUUGAAAAUGAAUGUGGACCUACGGAGUAUGAAAUUGGUGUAAGCAGGUAUGGCUAUAGGACUCGGUACCGGAGUUCCGUGGAUCAUGUAUUAAUACCUGCAAUGGCUUCUAUUGUGAUUAUUUCUAUCCAAAUAAGGAUUACAAACCAAAGAUGUGGACAGAAGCUUGGACUGGCUGGUUUACGGAGUUUGGAGGUCCAGUUCCUCACCGACCUGCUGAAGACAUGGCAUUUUCAGUUGCAAGAUUUAUACAGAAAGGAGGGUCAUUGCACUAUAAUAACCAAACAAAUUUAAAAUUAUAAAUCAGUUUUUUUACAGUCUAAUCUAAAUGUACCUGAAAACACUACUGGUUCUGGUGAAAAGGAUUGGGUUAAAGGUUCCAUUUUUCUCAUAAUUGCUACUUUUGCUCGGGCUUCUUCUUCAUCCUUCAGGUUCACAUUGAGGAAAUACUCAGCUCAACUCUCACUCACAGCCAUAGUGUGUUCCUUGGGCACACUUCAAUCAAUUGAUGUGACUUUUGUUAUGGAGCAUAACCCAAAUGCUUGGUGCAUUGGUUGGGACAUGAACUUAUUAGCUGCAGCCUAUGUUGGUAUAAUAUCAUCAGGUCUUACCUACUAUGUUCAAGGGAUAGUCAUGCAAAAGAAAGGACCAGUUUUUGUCAGAAUGACUACGAUUUUUUCAAAUUAUUACCAAUGUCUAUGUUUCAUUGUCAAUGUCAUGUUUGAUGUCCGUGUUGGUGCUUCAUAGACAAGACAUGUUUAUCUGUCAUGAAACACUAAAAUUAAGUAGUUGGAAAUGCCAAUGAUGUAAAACUUAGCCAUCUGUACAUGUUUGUCAAGACAAGGGGUGAAAGAGUUCUUGACAGAGAUUAAUGUGAUCUCUGAAGUAGAGCAUGAAAAUUUGGUUAAGUUGUAUGGUUGUUGUGUUGAAAGAAAUAGCAGGAUAUUAGUCUACAAUUACCUUGAGAAUAAUAGCCUUUAACAAACUCUUCUAGGUAAAUGAAUUUUUUCAAAUUCAUGGAUGCUACCGGAUUGUCAUCCGAGCCAUUCCUUUCAAGACAAGGACCUGAGGCUCUUAUCUGUGUUUGUUGGUAAUCAUCUUGUGUUUUGUUUCGUCUUUCAUUAAGGAACGUUCUUCUGAAUCUUUUUAUGUUAAUCCAUGAUUUGGGUGUAAAUUGUUUCCUUCAUUUGGUCACUUAGAAGAAUGUGGAUUA